AGUUGCUAACCCAUUUAGUGACCUGACCAGAUAAACGGACGUCUUUUUUCAACUUCAGCGUCCUCUUAUUCAUCGCGGCUCAAGUUCGUUUUGAGUCUUUAAGGCUGGAAGAGAUGUUUGGCAGAAAAAACAAACGACCACCUGCGCCCAAAGGUCAAGGCGCCGCUGCCGCUAAACAGAUGGGGCUGUUUCUUGAUUUCAACCCAGAGGACAUGAUGGUGGACAUGGACCAAAAUCUUGAUGAUCCUGAUUUAGAGGCUGAAUUCGCUGCUAUUGUUGGCAAGAAACCAGCUGCCAACCGAGCCAAAAAGGCAGCCAAAUCCCCCUUACCAAUGGAGGAUAUAGAGAAAAUGGCAGAAGCCUGCAUGAAAGAUGAGUAUGAAGAUGAUGAUGAUGAUGACCUGGAAGACGAUGAGGAUCUUUUGGCUGAGCUACAGGAAGUUGUGGGUGAAGAGGAAAUGGAGGAUUCUGGAGCAGAAACACCCACCUCUCUUGUUGCUAUAGAAACACCUCCAGCAGAACAAGAAUCUCCACAGCAGGAAUCCAAAGCCCCCCAUGUCCCCUCAGUCCCGGGUACUGUGGAGCACACGCUGGAGGAGAGAAUAGCUAUGUACAGAACAGCCAUCGGCAACGCCAAGGCCGCGGGAGAGGCCUCCAAAGCCCGGAGAUACGAACGAGGCCUUAAGACCCUUCAGGGCAUGUUGGCAUCCGUCAGGAAAGGAAGGAAGAUUGACGAGUCAGAAAUCCCCCCUCCCGUGGCCACAGGCGCCUCCAGCCGCUCCACGCAGCCUUCACCGGGAGCCAAGGAGCAGGAGGCCUUGGAGCAGCAAGGCGAAUCCGACAGCGCGGUGGAAAUCUCACCUGUUUCCAUAGAGCCGUCUCCCAGCAGUGAGGAGGAACCCUCCCGCACAGUCUUGCCAGCCCCUGGGAGCACCAAAUCAGCAGCAGAGGAGGAGCAUACAGCCAGUACUGCAGAGUCCCUGACUGCUGCGGAGCCUGCGAAAAGUCAACCCACUAAACAGAUUUUGCUUGAGAGGCAGAGGGAGUAUAAAAUGGCUGCUCUCAAGGCAAAGCAGACAGGAGAUAUUGAGCAAGCGAAGCAGCACAUGAAGAAUUUUAAGGGAAUAGAAACCUUGAUCGAGAGUCUGGAGAAAGGUCAGACCGUGGAUUUAAGCAAACUUCCCCCUUCUCUCUCAGGAGCUGCUGCUGCUUCUGCUGGUGCUAUGCGUAAGGGGAGCUCCAGUUCUUCGGGGGGGGUGAAAGACACCCCCACAGAGCCAGCGGCCAAAGUCUCACCCUCGCCAUCAGAGGGACAAAGUCAUGAGGCUCUAGCAGUCCAGGCCUCUGGACCCCCUCAGCCAAAGACUGUUCUGGAAGCUCUAGAGCAGAGGAUGGCCAAGUAUAAAGAAGCCUGUGCUCAGGCCAAGGCUAGCGGAGAUGACCGCAAGGCCAGAAUGCAUGAUCGCAUCGCCAAGCAAUACCAGAGUGCCAUUCGUACACAUAAAGCUGGUCGACCAGUCAACUUUGCCGAGCUGCCUGUCCCACCAGGUUUUCCACCAAUCCCAGGACAGGAGGCAGCCUCACCUGAACAGGGAUUUGCCGCUGUACUUGAAGCAGCCAAUAAGCUGGCCUCAGGUGAAGCCGAGGCAGCUGGAGAUGAAGAGGAGGGAGAGGAUAAAGAGCCUGAGGAGUCCACACCUGCACCUGGCGGACCUCAGAAGAAGCCCACUCUGGCGGUGCCCCCAACUGUACAGCCGCGCAAGACGACCCCGUCAUCUUCCCCAGAAGGGACGUCCCUGAAAGAAGGUCUAUCAUCCACAGCUCUGCAGCAGCUGGAGUUUCUGGAAGCUCGCAAAAAACAGUACAUGAAGGCAGCGCUGCAGGCCAAGCAGAAGAACGAUCUAGAUCAGGCGAGACACUUCCUGCGUACAGCCAAGACGCUGGAUCCCAUGAUAGAGUCUGUCAACAGCGGCAAGACUGUGGACAUCAGUAAGGUGCCUUCCCCUCCUGGUGAAGAGCUGGAUGACUUCAUUGUGAUCCAGCAUAGUGAUGUUCAGAUUUCGGAGAAAGCUGAGGAGGUGUACACUCAGCUUACCAAGCUCCUGAAGGAGCAGUAUGAGAAAUGUAUCACCUACUCCAAGCAGUUUACUCACCUCGGAAACAUCACGGAGACCACCAAGUUUGAGAAGCUGGCGGAGAACUGUAAGAAGAGUCUGGAGAUCCUGAAGCUGUCUCAGGCCAGAGGACUGGACCCUCCCAAACACCACUUUGAGGAGAGAACUUUCCGCACCGUGAGGAUCUUUCCAGAGUUGAGUGGCACAGACAUGGUGGUGAUCAUUGUUAGAGGGAUGAACCUGCCUGCUCCUUCUGGCAUAGCCACAAAUGACCUGGAUGCUUAUAUCAAGUUUGAGUUCCCUUACCCCAGUUCAGAUCAACCACAGAAGCAUAAAACAGCAGUCAUCAAAAACACCAACAGCCCAGAGUACAACCAGAGCUUCACUCUGAACAUCAACCGUAACCACCGUGGAUUUAGGAGGGUAGUGCAAUCUAAAGGCCUUAAACUGGAAGUGCUGCACAAAGGGGGCUUCCUGCGCAGUGACAAGCCCGUGGGAACCGCCCAUGUCAAAUUGGAGAAACUGGAUACACAGAGUGAAGUGCGGGAGAUUGUUGAGGUGAUGGAUGGCCGCAAGUCCACUGGAGGUCGUUUGGAGGUCAGAGUGCGCCUGAGAGAACCACUGAGUGGUCAGGACCUCCAGAGUGUCACUGAGCGUUGGGUAGUGCUGGAGCAGCCACAGGCGCUUUUUUAAAAAACAGCACUGUAACAGAAGGACCGCACAUUCACGAAUGAUGUCAGCACACUCAGACACAGGUAGGAGAUUUUGGGAGUCCUCUAGGAGCUGCUCGUCUCAGGAGCUACCAAGGUCAUCGAGAGCUUUCGGCAAAGUUCAGACCCUUACGUGGUUCUUUCACGGAUCCAUUGGGAGAAUGACAUAGCUUUGGAUCUGUCUUCAGUCAGGGUUUGAGGUCUUGGACCUCACAGUCCAGGUCUCUUUGUCUAGUCCUCUGGGAACAUUUCCAUUUAAAUUACACUGAACUGACA